CGACUUGAACACUCCAUUUAAAAUGACAACAUUAGAAUGAACGGUAAUGUUAUAAUGAAAUAACCUAGGUAGGUACUAGCAAAUACUUAAUGGUAUAUAAAAACUGUUUUGUAUAGGUAUUACUUCAAGUUGUAAUUUUAAGGGAAAAGAUAAAAAACGAGGAAUUUCUUAAUGAUAAAUAUGAUAAUAUUACAUGACGAAAAAAGGGGGAGGGGUUGCCAAGACACAACGACAUAAAAGUGGAUCUGCUGCGAGAUAGUACCGAAGAUCUUCCAAGAAGUAAUGAGGACAGGCUUUAUUCGACAUUAGAUGUUCCUAUCGCAUUCAUACUUACCUACCUACCUACCUACCUAGUAGGUAAUCAACUAAUAUUCGACUUCGCGAUGUCAAGCCUGAGUGAGGCCGCUGUGGCCGCGACAGCCAAGGGUGAUGAAUUGCAUCCUCAAAAGAUAUCGAUUCUCUUUGUCUGCUUGGGCAAUAUCUGCAGAUCUACUAUGGCAGAAGGUGUUUUCCGGUCUAUCGUGAAAGACAGAUCUUCUCCGUACUACAACCUUGUCGAAAAGGUAGAUUCCUGCGGGACAGGUGGGUACCACACCGGAGACGAACCCGACUCUCGGACUAUGUCAACUCUUGCAGACCACGGCAUCACGAACUAUACGCACGCGGCACGUAGGGUUUGCGACAGCGACUUCCGAGACUUCGAUUACAUAUUUGCGAUGGACAACGGAAAUUUGGAGGAUCUUGAGCGGUGGAAAAAUAGAAGUCGAAAGUUAUCUUCGUCCAAGGCACAAGUGAUGCUUUUUGGUGAGUUCUCGGGCACGGGUCGCAAGGAAGUAGUGCAAGACCCGUAUUACGUCGGUCGUAAUGCAUUUGAGAAAGCAUUCGAGCAAUGCAAAAGAUUUUCGACAAACUUCUUAGAACAAAUAUUUCCCGGCGCCCUCGCGACGACUACAUAGGUAAAACCUGAUGAUACCCUGAAUUCUUAUAGAUCAUGUCUUCAUAGACCAGUAGAUAGAGUCCAUGGGCGCGAAUCAAUCUCACCAAUACAGGCUAGAGAAGAUAUCCCCACGAGACAAAUUUCCUAUCAAUCAUAAACACGCUUAGGUACCUACCUAGGCAGGUACCUUGUAAGCGGAAUCGACAAAUCACUUUUCUGACCAUUAUAUACCUACC